AUCUACUUAAGAUGGCUUGUGCCCAGAGAUGGAUGUAAAUCAUUUGAAAACGAAGAUAUAACGAUCAGAUGGUACUCAACAAAUAAUUCACUGAUAAUUAAAUGUCAAGAUGGUGAAUCGCUUCGAAACGAGCUUAAAUUGAUCGCAAAUCCAAUGGACGAAAGUGUUGGGGACUCGCAAGAUGACGAGUUGAUUUCUGCCGAAGGCGACGGCGACAGUAUAGCUUCAACUCGAAUUCAUGGGAAGGUAGACGAAGUUGUUCAAUCGGAAAAAAGCCCUCAGGUAACCGCCAAGGACUCUUCUGACUAUGUUUACUUUCAAAAUCAGGUAAGCGAAAUUAAAUCAAAUCUAGAUCAGCACAUUGAUAAAACGAGAGCGGAACUUCAACGAAUAGAGGAAUCUCUUGCAGAUCAAUUUGAUCAGCUAAAAGAAUUACAGUUCAACGAAAGGACAAAUGAACUUGCCAAGUAUUGCUUGUCCAACUUAGAGACCCAAAACUGUAAGCUCAAACAAGAAAAUAUUCAGCUUAGGAUCGAUAACGACAGUCUUAAAGAUAGACUCAAUUCUGUCUCCUACAUUCUCUUUGACCUAAACACCAAAAUUAAAGAUUUCGAAUAG